CUGGAUUGUUGUAUAUAUCGUUAUUACAAUCAAGAACUUAUUCCCGGGGAACGUCUUGAGCAACCGCUACCUCCAUUAACUCCUCCCACUGAAUUUUAUACUCAAAUCGUUAAAGCAAUUCAAUCCUUCGAGCCCGUGGAAUUUGGAAGAUUAAGCUGUGCUCCAGGAGAUCGGUUUUUAAUGGUAAACGAUCAACUAAAUAGCGAAUGGAUGCUUGUGACCUCUCUUAAGACGAGACAUUCCGGUUUUCUCCCUGUUCGCUGCUUGAAGAAUAAAUUUAAUCCACACUAUUUAUGUGCAGACAUAAGAACUACUUUGGGAAACAUUUCCUUUACUGUGUUGGCUGAUAGUUGUGCCUUGGUACACCAAACAAUGAAGCAACGAUGA